AGAGAAUUUCCCCAGCUCCAAUGUAAACAGAGCGGGCAGGGGCCCUGAUUCACUGGCCGCUGGGGCCAGGGUUGGGGGUUGGGGGUGCCCACAGGGCUUGGUUUGUGGGGUUUGGGGGGGCAGUAGGUGAAAGGAGCCUGGUUUGUGCCUGCCUGCUGGUCGGCCAGCAAGGAGACGGCCCACUCAGUGGGGAAGGCUGCCGGUUUGGUGGCCCUAGGCCUCGUGGCCCCAGUGGUGGCGGAGCCAUGGUUUCUAAACUGAGCCAGCUGCAGACGGAGCUCCUGGGGGCCUUGCUCGAGUCCGGCCUGAGCAAGGAGGCCCUGAUCCAGGCGUUGGGUGAGCCGGGGCCCUGCCUGCUGGCUGGAGAUGGCUCCCUGGACAAGGGGGAAUCCUGCGGCGGCAGUCGGGGGGAACUGGCUGAGCUGCCCAAUGGGCUGGGGGAAGCGAGGGGCUCCGAGGACGAGACGGACGACGAUGGGGAAGACUUCACGCCGCCCAUCCUCAAAGAGCUGGAGAACCUCAGCCCUGAGGAAGCAGCCCACCAGAAAGCCGUGGUGGAGACCUUGCUGCAGGAGGACCCAUGGCGCGUGGCCAAGAUGGUCAAGUCCUACCUGCAGCAGCACAACAUCCCACAGAGGGAGGUGGUCGACACCACCGGCCUCAACCAGUCGCACCUGUCCCAGCACCUGAACAAGGGCACCCCCAUGAAGACGCAGAAGCGAGCCGCCUUGUACACCUGGUACGUCCGCAAGCAGCGAGAGGUGGCCCAGCAGUUCACCCACGCAGGGCAGGGUGGGCUGAUUGAAGAGCCCACAGGUGACGAGCUGCCAACCAAGAAGGGGCGGAGGAACCGUUUCAAGUGGGGUCCGGCCUCCCAGCAGAUCCUGUUCCAGGCCUACGAGAGGCAGAAGAACCCCAGCAAGGAGGAGAGAGAGGCAUUGGUGGAGGAGUGCAACAGGGCGGAGUGCAUCCAGAGGGGGGUGUCCCCAUCGCAGGCCCAGGGACUGGGCUCCAACCUCGUCACGGAGGUGCGCGUCUACAACUGGUUUGCCAAUCGGCGCAAGGAAGAAGCUUUCCGUCACAAGCUGGCCAUGGACACAUACAGUGGGCCGCCCCCAGGGCCAGGCCCGGGCCCCACACUGCCUGCCCACAGCUCCCCAGGCUUGCCCCCACCUGCCCUCUCCCCCAGUAAGGUCCACGUUCCAGGUGUGCGCUAUGGACAGCCAGCAACCAGCGAGGGGGCGGAAGUGCCCUCAAGCAGCGGUGGUCCCUUGGUGACAGUGUCUGCUUCCCUGCACCAAGUGUCCCCCACGGGCCUGGAGCCCAGCCACAGCCUGCUGAGCACCGAUGCCAAGCUGGUCUCAGCAACUGGGGGUCCCCUGCCCCCUGUCAGCACCCUGACAGCCCUGCACAGCUUGGAGCAGACCUCCCCAGGCCUCAACCAACAGCCCCAGAAUCUCAUCAUGGCAUCACUUCCUGGGGUCAUGGCCAUUGGGCCUGGUGAGCCUGCCUCCCUGGCCCCCACGUUCACCAACACAGGUGCCUCCACCCUGGUUAUUGGCCUGGCCUCCACUCAGGCACAGAGUGUACCAGUCAUCAACAGCAUGGGCAGCAGCCUAACCACCCUGCAGCCCGUCCAGUUCUCCCAGCCGCUGCACCCUUCCUACCAGCAGCCACUCAUGCCCCCCAUGCAGAGCCAUGUGGCCCAGAGCCCCUUCAUGGCCACUAUGGCCCAGCUGCAGAGCCCCCACGCACUCUACAGCCACAAGCCUGAGGUGGCUCAGUACACCCACACGGGCCUGCUUCCGCAGACCAUGCUCAUCACCGACACCACCAACCUGAGCGCCCUGGCCAGCCUCACACCCACCAAGCAGGUAAGGCCCAGGCCCUCCUGGCCCCUUGCUCAGGCCCCUCCCAGAGAGCACCUCUGUGGGGCUCAGGAGGCUGCUGUGUUCCCCCAGGUCUUCGCCUCGGACACCGAGGCCUCCAGUGAGUCCGGGCUGCAUACGCCAGCGUCUCAGACCACCACCAUCCACAUCCCCAGCCAGGACCCCGCCGGCAUCCAGCACCUGCAGCCAGCCCACCGGCUCAGUGCCAGCCCCACCGUGUCCUCCAGCAGCCUGGUGCUGUACCAGAGCUCCGACUCCAACAAUGGCCACAGCCACCUGCUGCCAUCCAACCACAGUGUCAUCGAGACCUUCAUUUCCACGCAGAUGGCUUCAUCCUCCCAGUAACCAUGGCGACCGCCUCCCAGGGGCUGGGCCCUGCCUGGAGCCUGCAUGGCCUGCUUGGGGGGUGACUGGGACAUCUGCGCCUGUGAAACUGUCACUGCCACAGGACAGCAGUCUGCCCUGGAAAAUUGUGCCUUGGUCCCUAUUCUGCUCUGUCAGCGUCUUAGAAGGGGUUCCAGGGUUCCCUGACCCCAGGAGGGCUAAUUCUGUCCACAAGAGGGGACUGUGGAGAGCUGGGAAGCAGAGCAAGACAUAGAAGGGACUGUUCCUGAUUCUCAGGGUCAAAUCUGUCACUUGGAACAGAAGAGAGCAGCCUUUGGACUCUGGUGCUCCCAGCCUGUACCCAUGGAGAGCCCUGGAACUCCCAAGGGAACCACACUUCUCAGGACACGAGGCUGUGCAGCUGUGACUCACUGAGCUCCGAGAAGCUCAGGGUCAAUGUGGCCCCACUCUGUCCUCUGUGUCCUCAUCAGUCCCCUCACCCUGCUCCCCUUCCAGCUGUAGGCUCACAUGCCCAUUUGUACCAACCCUGUCCCCCAAUGACGUGAGCUUUCCCCAAGUGGCUACUCUGAUGCCCGCUGCCGGGAGAGCUCAAGCUAGCAGUGACCGCAUGCACAGUUCUCCAGCUUCUCUUGUCCUGGACCAUCCCUCUCCCUGGUCUCUAAGAUGGCCAGUUUUCUUGGCUGUUCUUUCCCUUGGGUAUCACACCUUCUAAUGCCAGCCUGGCAUCUUGCCUCUAUGGGAAAGUCCCCCUCAGGGUUAGGAAGUCAUCCCUGCCCCAUGGGAGCCUUGCGAUUGCGUCUGGUUCUGUCAGGAUUCUGGGCAGCAGCGCUUCUGGCCUGUGGGGCCCCGCAGCACCUCCCUGGUUUGGGGGAGAAGCCGCUAAGCUCAGAGGGCACCAAGGCCUGAGCACGUGGCAGAGCUGAGGUGCCCAGAGGGAGGAGGGGAAGAUCUAGGCAGUUCACAGCCACACCCAGGAGCCUGAGGUCCCGAGUGCCGCCAGGAGAGGCAAGGCAGCUGUGUUAACCCAGCGCCCCAUGACCUCCUCCCCCUGGGGCUGCCACACCUCACCUGGCCUUGCAGACCACUCCCACCCUGGGACUGAGGACAGGGCCGGGGAAGAACCAGCGCCCCCUGCAGCUUGCAGCUAGCUAAGGGCGAACCUGUACAUUUAUUUAACUUUUAGUAAAGGAAAUGAGGAACGGA